AUUCCCUUACUCUGCAUGCAUCUCACGUUUUAUGAUUCCGUAAAAACAGUACAUAUAACGUAUAAAAGUCGAGAGGCGAGUCACCAGGGCGCAUUCCGCUUCUGUAUCCUGCGAAGACACUACAGAGUCAUCAUGUGGAAGAUAAUAGUGCUGUGUACGAUUGUGGGCCUGGCAGCGGCCCAGAAGGCUACCUUUAAGAAUUACAAGGUCUUCAGGAUUAUUCCAACCACAGAGGCUCAAGUUGAAAUACUGCGCGAGUUCCAAGAGGUUUCCGAUGGAUUCUCCUUCUGGGAAGCACCGAGUUACGUGAAUAAACAGGCGGAUCUCAUGGUCGCUCCGCACAAACUGCCAGAAUUUUACGAUGCAAUGGCUCAGGUCAAUAUACCCUAUCAGAUCUGCAUCGAUGACGUUCAGGAAUUAAUUGAAGAAACGACAUCCCUCAGCCGAUCGAGGACGUUCGAUUUUACCAGCUACCACACUCUUGACGUAAUUUACAAACGACUGGACGAGCUGGCCGCUGAACAUCCCAACAAAGUGCAGGUUGUCGUGGGUGGCAAAACGUAUGAGGGACGUCAGAUCAAAGGCGUCAAGGUCUCCUUUAAGGCAAACAAUCCGGGAAUCUUCGUCGAGGGUGGUAUUCACGCUAGGGAAUGGAUCUCGCCCGCAACCGUCAUGUUCAUUCUGGAACAACUGCUGACUAGCAAAGACGCGGACGUGAGAGCUCUGGCCGAGAGCCACGACUGGUACAUCUUCCCCUCGUUCAAUCCCGACGGAUACGUGUAUACUCACACCAAGAAUCGAUUAUGGAGGAAGACACGUAAGCCUUACAGUGUUCUCUGCUACGGCAGCGAUCCCAACAGGAACUGGGACUACAGAUGGAGAACUGGAGGUGCCAGCAGCAACCCAUGCGAUGAAACUUAUGCUGGAAGUGCACCGUUCUCAGAUAUAGAGACAAAGAGCUUGUCUGAAUAUAUCAAAUCUAUUUCCGACAAAUUCUACGCGUACAUCUCGUUCCACAGUUAUUCGCAGCUUUUGAUGUUUCCUUACGGCCACACAAGGGAACAUCUUGAGAAUCACGAUGAAUUGUUGGCUAUCGGUUCGAAAUCAAUUGCAGCUCUCAAAAAGAGAUACGGAACUGAAUAUGUGACUGGAAAUAUUGCCGAGACGAUUUAUAUUGCUACUGGAAGUACUGUAGAUUACGUCAAAGGCGUUCUUCGUAAACCAAUCUCCUACACAUACGAAUUACGCGAUCGGGGUCGUUACGGUUUCUUGCUGCCUCCCGACCAGAUUAUUCCGACUGGUGAAGAAACUAUGGAUUCUCUCGUAGCUUUGUUUAAAGAGGCAAAAGCACGUGGAUAUCCGAAAAAUAUUUAAAGCUGACUUAAUCAAUUGUAAAUAUUGUUAUCGAUAAUGUAUUCUUAUUUAAUAAAUUUCCAAUUCCUUAUUUUAUUUGGUAAUCCAUUGAUGUCAAUAAAUUUUAGUAUUUUGAGUUUAAA